UUGGUGUGCCCAAACUCGGUCCCCUGGGCCGCCUGUGAUGACUGACACAGUAGUGGGUGGCAGCUCUGACCGGUGGAUGUGCCCUAGUGACAGAACCAUGUCUCUUCGAGCCAGCAGCGAGAAGGAGCAGGUCCCAGGUGGCUGGGCAGCACGGGGUGGCCAGCCUGACCGUCAGCGGAAGGGUGAGGAGCUGACAGAUGAAGAGAAGGAGAUCAUCAACAGAGUCAUCGCCCGUGCCGAGAAGAUGGAGGAGAUGGAGCAGGAGCGCAUCGGGCGACUGAUGACCCGGCUGGAGGACAUGCGCCGGAGCGUGCUGGGGGAUGGGGUGAACCGCUGCAUCCUCUGCGGGGAGCAGCUGGGCCCACGGGGCUCUGCCUGUGUUGUCUGUGAGGACUGCAAGAAGAAUGUCUGCACCAAGUGUGGGGUGCAGACCACCAACAACCGGCCCCACACUAUCUGGCUCUGCAAGAUCUGCAGUGAGCAGCGAGAGGUGUGGAAGCGCUCUGGUGCCUGGUUCUUCAAGGGUUUGCCCAAGCAGAUGCUGCCCCAGCCGAUGCCUGUCAGCAAGAACAAGGGACCCCAAGCCCCGAGUGAGCCCAGCCCAGCAGAGCCACCAGCCCAGGACCAAAAACUCCCCUCCCGUGCACCCGCCCGAGGCCAGGCAGACCCCAGGCCCCCAGCCGAGCAGGACUCUGAUGGCAGUGAUGUGACAGCCGGUGUCCGGGGCAGCUCCGCGGUGCCCGGUCGCAAGCCAGCGGAGGGCAGAGCAGAUCCAUGUGGCAGUGAGGUCACCGAGGGGGGCACUGAUAGCCGCGACUACGCUGCUGAGAGUGGGGUCAGCAGGAGCCCUGCUCUGAAGAGAACCAACUCUGUGCAAGGCUCGCGGCCACCCCCACCAGCUGCUGCCAGCCCUGCUCCUGCUGCUGCUGCUGGUCCAGCAGCAUCCCCAGCAGCUCCUGCAGCAGGAAGAGCAGGUCCUGGGGCAGCUGGCCGGUUCCCAGAGAGACAAGCGAGCCCACCGCUGGGACCCUCAGAGCCAGCCCGUGCCACCGCCAAGGAGGAGCGAGGAGGGGGCUACGCCAUGCCCCCUGCCAGAGAGGAGAGGCCAGCCCGGCAGCCCCCUGCCUUCCAGCAGCCCCCUGCUGUCCCACCGGCACCUGCUGCCCCAGUGCGGCAGCAGCCCCGCGAGGAGGAGGAGGAAGAUGCCAACAGCUACGACUCUGAUGAAGGCACCACGCUGGGAGCACUGGAGUUCAGCCUGCUCUACGACCAGGAGAACAGCUCCCUGCACUGCACCCUCAUCAAGGCCAAAGGCUUAAAACCAAUGGACUCAAAUGGCCUGGCAGAUCCCUAUGUCAAGCUGCACCUCUUGCCUGGAGCCAGCAAGUCAAACAAGCUGAGGACGAAGACGCUGCGCAACACUCGCAACCCCGUGUGGAACGAGACCCUGGUGUACCAUGGCAUCACGGAUGAGGACAUGCAGAGGAAAACCCUCAGGAUCUCUGUGUGUGAUGAAGACAAAUUUGGCCACAAUGAGUUUAUUGGAGAAACUAGAGUGUCCUUGAAAAAAAUCAAAGCCAACCAGAAAAAGAAUUUCAACAUCUGCUUGGAGAGAGUAAUACCAAUGAAGCGCACUGGAACAAGCGGCACAUCCCGUGGGAUGGCACUGUAUGAAGAGGAGGUAGAUCGUGGUGGGGAUGUGGAGGAGCGUGGGAAGAUCCUGGUGUCCCUCAUGUACAGCACCCAGCAGGGAGGCCUGAUCGUGGGCAUCGUGCGCUGCGUGCACUUGGCAGCCAUGGAUGCCAACGGCUACUCCGACCCCUUCGUCAAGCUCUGGCUGAAACCUGACAUGGGAAAAAAGGCCAAGCACAAGACACAGAUUAAGAAGAAAACCUUGAAUCCUGAGUUUAACGAGGAGUUCUUCUAUGAUAUAAAACACAACGACCUGGCCAAGAAGUCACUGGACAUUUCUGUCUGGGAUUAUGACAUCGGAAAAUCCAAUGAUUACAUCGGCGGCUGUCAGCUGGGCAUCACGGCUAAGGGGGAGCGCUUGAAACACUGGUACGAGUGCCUGAAGAACAAGGACAAGAAGAUUGAGCGCUGGCACACCCUCCAGAACGAGAACCACGUUGCCAGUGAUUAA